AUUCAUCAUCACUCAAACCUUUCAAAUUAAAUCUCAAUUUCAAUUUCAUUUCAUUUCAACAACAAUGUCAGGCCGUGGUAAGGGAGGCAAGGGAUUGGGAAAGGGAGGAGCAAAACGACACCGUAAGGUUCUUCGUGACAACAUUCAGGGAAUCACCAAGCCAGCUAUCCGCAGAUUGGCUCGCAGAGGAGGUGUGAAGCGUAUCAGCGGUUUGAUCUAUGAAGAGACACGUGGCGUUCUCAAGAUCUUUUUGGAAAAUGUUAUCAGAGAUGCCGUCACCUACACUGAGCACGCUCGCAGGAAGACUGUGACCGCCAUGGAUGUGGUGUAUGCGCUCAAGAGACAGGGCCGUACCCUGUACGGUUUCGGCGGUUAGGGUUUUGGUUGUUGAUUGUAGAUCUGUUGGAUUUGUGUUUUGUUUUAGUGUUGGUGUUGUUGUUCUCCAUCUCGGAGUCAUUGUUUCGUGUUAAGAAUUGUUCUAAUGGAAUUAAAAUGUGUUGGGUUUUGUUUU